CAUCACUAGUCCAGUGCAUGAAUAUAACAUGGCGUUGAAUAUAGUUCGAUUUCGAACUUAACUAAAGUUUGACCCAUAGAAAUUAUUUUAGAUAACUAAAUUAAUAGUAAAAUGACAGAACUGUGUUGUAAGUGCAAUCUACCAAAGGAAUCUCCUAAGGCCCACUACGGAUCAGCAUCAUUUCGUUACAUUUGCCGCCUGUGCUUGAUGCGUGCCGAAGAGGCUGAGCCAAUAUUCAUACAUCCUGGCGAUAGAACGUUGGCCAACAAAAUCUUUGCUUGCACUGGUGUGGAGAUAGAUGAGAAAGCUGCCGUUGGACCGAGCGCAAUUUGUAUUUCUUGUAAGACAUCUGUGUAUAAAAGUUAUCAGUUUUUAGAAUUAUGCCAACGCAACAAUAAAAUCAUCCAAAAUUUACUUGCUAACCAUGACACGUAUAACAGCACACAGCAAAAUGAACUACGUAUGGUUAUUCGCCCUGGUCAAACAGCGGCUAAUCAGCACAAAUCAAAAAGUCGAAGAAAACGAACGCUGUCACGCAGAAAAUCAACACGCAGCAACAUGCAAUCAUCUACUAGUACUAGUGAUAUUACUUGGAGCGAUUGUGAGGACGAUGAAAACGAGUGUCACGCUUUUGAUGAGGACGAAAUAAUCCCUUAUCGUCAACUCGCUUACGAAACUGAUACCCAAGAAGAAUCUCCCAAGCGGCGGCGUUUAAACGAGGCAGAAAAUAAAGUCCCAGCGUUAGUAAUACCGUUGGCUCGUCUCAAUGGUUUUACAGGUACCUUGCAAUCGGAAAGACGAAUAUCCCGCCAUUCUAUAAUUGAUCAAACGGGAGAAAAUGAUUUAUUUCAGUGUGAAUUUUGUGACGGAUCGUUCCCCUAUCGUAUUCAAAUUAAGCAACAUAUCGAUCUUUAUCAUGCUAACCGGAAACACGAAUUAGCUUGUAAGUUUUGUUCAAAAACUUAUUUUACAACUGAAACUUUACGACGACAUAUAGCAGAGAAACAUGCUUCAACAAUUUUAAGAGAGUGUAAACUUUGCGAUAGAAGUUUCACUACUGCCCAAGGUUUGCAUCAGCAUUAUCGUACAAUAAUGCAUCGAGCAGCCACAGGUGAAGCCGUUUAUCCGAGAAGGCGCUAUUCCUACCAAAGUAAUUCUAGUCGACGAAAUUCGGUUUGUUCCAACUUCAGCGAAAAUGAUUAUCAAAUUUCUGAAAGACGCUCAAGCCAAAAAUCCCAGUCGAGUCGCAUGAACCAGGAUGACAAUAAUCCAUACGCAGAUGUCUGCUACGAUGAAGUAACUACAUACAAAUGCGACUAUUGCGAUGCGUAUUUCGAUGAUGAAAAAACUCUAGCAAAACACACCGCUGUUCAACCGUGUCGUAUAGAACUAGAACCACUAGAUCUGGAUUUGUUGUUAGAGAAAAUGGAUCUUGAUGAACUACUGCAACCACUGAAUAACAUCGAUGAUGUUGCAAUAAUCGAGCCACCUAUCGAGAUAGUCGACCUUACCUAGCAUACUGCCAACGGCAGAUGUGGAAAUGCGAAGCCAAUUAUCCUACGCAUCAAAUGUACCAAAAACGUUAAACACUGUAAUCAUUUAAAUACAUUAUUAGAAUAGAGAUGAAUAUUGAUUUUAUUUUUCAAUUAUCGAAUGUGCAAAAAUGUUUCCCUAUAUGAAUUUUAUACACAAACUCAAAUUGCCUUUAAAUAUAUUUUUGGAUUCAAAGCUCAAA